UUGAUUUCCAAUACCGAUAGCCAGCCAGCCAGCCGAGAAAGUGUUGAUUCACGACAUCAUGGCCGGGUCUGUAAUCGCCAUGUUGACAAUAUGGCCGACAUUUUAAUAACACGAUCAUCGAGGACCUUCAAACAGCAGGCAAGACAAGUGGUUCUUUGAAAUGGCCGUGUCGAUACUGCGCAAUUAUCAUCCACUUCUGUUCAACGUCGUCCAAGGGUUAGGCACUUUUCAAGGUCUACCUUCCGCCACGGGUCAUUGGCGCGAAAGAGCAGACGUCAAGUUGAACUAGUGUUUUCGUGACAAGGACCAACUGGAACAUGAUUGAAUCAAUGUUGAGUAUCGACAAUGGGUGUCUGUCUCUCGUCUUACGAAGCGUGAACAGUGCUUACCUUUGACAGUUGGGGCUAAUAUCGCCGAACAUUUUUAAAAGCUCUCUGGGAAAGUUCGGAACAGCGAUCGAGUUGUCUGGGCGUGGUGAUAUUUGUUAAUAGCAACGUUCACGGAUGGUCGCUGCUGGUUUAAAUUCUCAUGACAGGUUUAUGUUGGGGCAUAUGCGCACCGUGGUUUAUGACAUUGAGACAUCGGACAAGGAAUACAAACGAUGAGCGAACAUUAUCAAUCUUGAAGAUUUGAAGGUCAAAGUUUGAUUUUCACAUUUGGAUACUGCACUUGGAUCAACACAAGGAGUUUUUCAAUUGUCUGUUUUGACAAAUGUGAUAUAUUAUGCGUGUUAAGAACAUUCCGAAUUCCAAUCCGGACAAAUAUGAAUAUUACUACUACAAUUAUCAUGUGGUAUGUUUGAGCAGGUGUCAAUAACAGUGUAUAUACACUGACACGUCUCAUAAAAUGAACUGGGGCCAUGAAAUUAACAAAUGGUCGUCAUACACCACGUGACCACAGUUUCCUGACACCUAUAUCCUUAAGCGUGAAAUAUGCAAUGAUCUUCGGAUAGACACCUGGCGUUUCCAUAGAAACCAUCCGGGAUGUGUCAACCGAUGCCACGUUCAUCAUGAAAAGCACGAGGAUCGUGCCUGGGGUUUGACGUCUACGGCUUGAAGAUGAGUGACAGGAUGAUAUUGACAAACUGGUGGACGGAGUCACCAGAUGACAUGCGACAAGCAGCAUAUUUGCGGGACAACGAAUCUUUCCAAAAUGGCACCAUCGUGGAGGAGGAUGCUCCCCAACCACUGAUACUGCUUCCUCGCUGUGUGGUCCCAGAACACCUGCCAGCCAUGACCAAAUCCCCACCCCGUUCAAUCUGCAGAGACAAGGUGCUUCUGGGGAUCACCCCUGUCACCCACGAGUACUACAACCAAUGGGCACGAAAUCCCAAACUCCUGGACUCCAGUUCUUCAGACCCGGGCCAAAGCACACCGGAAAUGACCGUCAGUGAACCUCGGGCCAAGACGUCUCUUCCAAGAACUGGAGGUCGUAUGACGAUGAGCCGAUCAGAUCUGAAAUCAGCCAAUCCGCGGGUCAUCACGUGUCGGUCCACCAUCCCGUCGGUAAACAUUGAACUUCCGCCAAUGCCGUCCUUCCGUCGCUCGGUGACGAUCGUUGGAGGGGAAAGGGUUGCUUCUGUGUGUGCAGACAGAUCAAGCUCUGUUUUCCUACCAAAGAAGGUCCUGCCGAGCAACCAAACCUUGCCGAUGAGCCAAGCGGUGUUUCUUUUUAAAGGAGACACGUUCAUCCACAAUGCCCCCUUUCUAGGUGACCCCAACCGCCCUAGUCGGUCAAUAAACAGGUACCCGUCAUGCGGUAGCUCCAGCCAAAGACUCCCAUCUACCAAAACUCCCGGCAGGGUCACGCUGAAAGGGGAGGUAACUCGCUCAAACGGUUCUCCUCCGGUACAAGUGGCUAAAGUUCAGUUCAUUGACUUCUCCGAUGUAAAAUCGUACGUUAACACCCGCCGCGAUGUGGCCCGACCCAAGAAGCAGCAGAAGGACAAGCAGUUCCUCCCGCUAAGCACCCCCCUUGGGAUCAGCAUCUCUUGAGGCGGUGCAGCCGAAAAUUCAAAGUGCUCUCAGUGUUGUAAAAAAUCGACCGUGGUGAUAUUUUUUCUGUUUGGGGGAACUCAGUGACAUCAUGACUUUUGAUCCGUGGUGCCAAAGUGCGUUUGUGCAUUAUAUCAGUGCUCUGCAUGAAAUUAUCUAUAUAGGUAUAGGGUAACUAGUUUGGAGUAGAUCAUCUAAAUACAAAACGCCAAUGACAGAGAAUAAUCAGUCUCGAUUAUCUGCCGAAAUAAAUUCAAUUGUGCGUAAAGGGCAAAAUAGCAGUGACAUUUAUAUGAAUUGAUCAUUCAAAAUCAGUGAUGACACCAUGUGCU